GGGAAGGAAAAUUUAUGUUUACUCUGGGCCUGGGGACAAAAGUCUCUGCGCCAUCCGCCGUUUCCGUUCGAACCGAAAAAUCCUUUCUCGCCCCUGAGAAAAGCAAUUCUUGGCUCAUGCUUUGGGGCAGCUGGAUAAGAAGAUGCUCGUAAUUCUUCGCCCAUGCAAUCCUUGCCACUUUCCCGACUGUACAGCGCCUUGGAAGGAAACUGGCACUCCAAGCAACGCACUGCUCAAGAAAUCAUAUCUUAAACCCCUUCCAAAACCCCAAAAGUUCUCUUCUUUUGCCACUACCGGGCUCUCUGAUACCUCCAUCUCUCUAUUUUCCCGAAAGUUUGCAUUUUGGAGCACCACCCGAGUUGUCUUUUGUUCGAAAAAUGGAGAAGCCGACGGAUUUUCGAGUACCCAGUUGUCUCAAGAAUCUCCCGGUGAAAUAAUUCAAGAACCCGAAAAGCUUGGUUUAUUGAACAAGCCUUCCCCAAUUCCUGAUAAAGAUGGGUUCCCUUUGGAAGUGGAUAUGGAGUCAGAGAAGGCAACUAAAGACGAGGAGGAGGCUUUGGCGCCAUUUCUGAAGUUCUUCAAGGGAAGUGAUGCUGUGGAGGUGGCAAAAGAGGAAGGAGGGGCAUCGGAAGUUUUUGAGGAGAAAAGUGGUAUAGGAGGCGUAAAUGAAGAAGCUAAGAAGAUUAAUGUUGAAUAUUAUGAACCCAAACCAGGGGAUUUUGUAGUGGGUAUUGUUGUUUCAGGUAACGAAAAUAGACUUGACGUUAAUGUGGGAGCCGACAUACUAGGUACGAUGUUGACAAAGGAGGUGCUUCCAUUGUACGGUAAAGAAACUGAAUACUUAUUAUGUGAUUUAAAUAAGGAUUCUGAGAAAUUCAUGGUUCCCGGAAAGAUGGGGCUUGUGAGGGACGAUGAUGUUAUAAGUGGUACACCUCCGCCAGGAAGACCUGUUGUUGAGGUUGGAACGAUUUUGUUUGCUGAGGUUCUUGGUAGAACGCUUAGUGGUCGGCCAUUGCUUUCUACAAGACGGCUCUUUCGCCGGAUGGCCUGGCAUAGAGUGAUGCAGAUAAAACAGCUCAACGAACCUAUAGAGGUUACAAUUACAGAGUGGAAUACUGGGGGCCUGCUAACAAGGAUUGAGGGUUUGCGAGCUUUCCUUCCCAAAGCAGAGCUUAUGAAAAGAGUGAAUUGCAUUUCUGAGUUGAAAGAUUAUGUGGGAUGCCAAAUGUUUGUACAAAUAAGUCGUGUUGACGAAGCUACAAACAACUUGAUACUCAAUGAACGGGAAGCUUGGGAAAAGCUAUACCUUCGAGAGGGAACACUUCUAGAUGGGACUGUGAAGAAGAUAUUUCCAUAUGGAGCCCAAGUAAGAAUAGGAGAAACUAACAGGAGUGGGUUGCUGCAUGUUUCAAAUAUCACUAGAGCUGAAGUGACCUCUGUCAGUGACGUACUUUCUGUAGAUGAGAAGCUCAGAGUUUUGGUUGUAAAGUCAUUGUUUCCUGAUAAAAUUUCUUUAAGCAUUGCAGACCUCGAAAGUGAACCUGGUCUAUUUCUGUCAAACAAAGAGAGAGUGUUUCACGAAGCUGAAAUGAUGGCCAGGAAAUACAAGGAAAAGCUACCUCCUUCUUUGACCCGUCGACGGUCAGAUCCCCUCCCAAGGAAUUCCCUGCCUUUUGAAAAUGAAACGCUCUAUGCAAACUGGAAUUGGUUUAAAUUUGAAAAAGAAUGAAUAUCAUUUUGGGUUGAAGAUAACGGAGAAAAGGGGCAUGGGAGGGAUAAAUUUUCUCCUAACCCAAAUCAAUCUUCUCAAUCCAAACAUAUCUUCUCCAAGCACAGAACUAGUUUCCAGUGGAAGCUGAGAUGAGCACUUGACAUGGAAAACAAGAACAAUCUCAUGGAAAAUCUUUUGGUGAGGCCAUUGUUCUGCUAAUCGAUCAAAGUUACUUUGCCAUGCAUCACAAAGAGAGCUCAGGCCCUCCUUAACUUCGGGUAAAAGGAUGAGUGUUUCUGGUUCGGCUUUCUUUUCACGUCAGGUCAAUUUUGUUUUUAUCUCUGACUAGACUUUGUAAAUCUGUGUGUAAAUUAUGAUUGAUUCAGUAAUGUAGAGCUACAAUUAUUGUAUGGUAAAGCAUCUCUGUUUUAUGGGGUGAUAUCGAUAAAUGAUAAUGCUUUCCUUUCCUUAA